UUGGAUCUCCAGUCAUGCUGUGUGUUCCUCCCCAACGACAGCCUCCCCUCUCCCAGCACCAUUAUCUGUGGAGACAUCCCCGGUACUGUCCGUAGCUGGUACCACAACCAGGCCACCAUGCCUGGGACUCUGGUAGUCUGCCUGCCCCAUAUCACUGUGCUGUCUGCUGGACACAAAUACAUGGAGCCCCUGCAGGACCUCCCCUUCAUGGUGUCCAGGCCCAUACUGGAGGAAGGUGAUGCCUUCCCGUGGACCAUAACCCUGAGCCAGUUCAGUGUGUACACCCUGUUGGGUCAGCAGCGGUCUCUGAGUCUCCUGGAGCCGAUGGGCUGUACCUCCACCCUGGCCGUCACCUCCCACAAGCUGCAGGCCGCGGGCCCCGAAGGACCCACGCCUUCAUCGUCUGUCUGCAUGUUGACCUGGAACCUCUGA